UAAUUAUCCUGGUUUUUUGGUUUUGGUUUUUUUCAUUUUUUUUUGAUUUGAAUUUUUUUUUUAAACCAAACAUGCGCAAACAUAAAAUUCGUUUGCCUGAACCUUUUCAGGAUGUCCUUCAAAAGAAACAGCAACAACAACCAACUGCACAAGCAAUAUUAACUAAACAACAACUGCCACUUGGAUUGGACAAAUCGGAUCAACAGAAUCAACCACCAUUAUCAUUGGAUAAUAAUAAUCUAGGAAAAACAAUGGAAUUUCAAACAUCAAUCAAACAGAAAAAUAAUGUCUGUCUUAUUGUUAUCGAUGGUUGGGGAGUAUCUGACAUUCAACAAGGUAAUGCUAUUGCUAAUGCCCAAACACCGGUGAUGGAUUCAUUGGCCAAAAACACUGAUCAAUAUCGAACGCUAGAUGCAUCAGGGCUGGCUGUUGGCUUACCAGCCGGUUUAAUGGGUAAUUCUGAAGUUGGACAUCUAAAUAUUGGUGCUGGUCGUGUUAUUUAUCAGGAUAUUGUUCGUAUUAAUUUGGAUGUUGAAAAAAAGAUGAUUGGCCAGAAUAAAAAUUUCGUUGGAGCAUGUGAACGUGCUAAAUCACAAAAUGGACGACUUUUGUUACUUGGCCUGGUUAGCGAUGGUGGUGUUCAUGCACAUAUUGAUCAUUUGUUUGCAUUAUUAGAAGCAGCUAAAACAAAUGGUGUGCCAAAAACAUUUGUUCACUUUUUCUCUGAUGGUCGUGAUACUAGUCCAACAUCCGGUGUAAAUUAUGUUCGUUCAGUAUUGGAUCGAACACGUGAAUUAUCAUAUGGAUCAUUAUCAACCAUUAUGGGUCGUUAUUAUGCAAUGGAUCGGGAUAAACGUUGGGAACGUAUUCGUAUUGCUGUUGAUGGUCUUAUUGAUGGUACAGGUGACUCGGCUACACCAGAUAAUGUUAUCCAAAUGAUUGAAAAUAAUUAUAAAAAUAAUAUAACUGAUGAAUUUCUCAAACCAAUUAUUGUUGAUCGUGAAGGUCUUAUCAAAGACAAUGAUACAUUAAUAUUUAUCAAUUAUCGUGCUGAUCGUGUACGGCAAAUAACGGAAACAUUAGGUGUUAAACAACCAUUUGAACAGCCAAAAGAAAAUAUGCCUAAAAAUAUAGAAAUAUUAACAAUGACUGAAUAUAAAAAGGAAUUUCCAUUCAAACAACUUUAUCCACCUGGUGUACCGAAAAAUGUUUUGGCCGAAGUUGUUAGUCAGGCAACGUGGCCACAAUUUCAUACAGCUGAAACAGAAAAAUAUGCACAUGUAACAUUCUUUUUUAAUGGUGGCCAAGAGAAAGAAUUCCCCGGCGAAGAUCGUGUUAUGGUACCAUCACCAAAAGUUGCUACUUAUGAUUUGCAACCUGAAAUGAAUUGUGCUGGUGUUGCAGCCGAAAUGGUCAAAGCUAUGGAAACGAAAAAAUAUCCAUUUGUAAUGUGUAAUUUUGCACCACCCGAUAUGGUUGGUCAUACUGGUAAAUAUGAUGCAGCGGUUAAAGCUUGUCAAGCUACUGAUCAAGCAAUUGGUGUAGUGAAAAAAGGUUGUGAAGAUAAUGGCUAUGUUUUAUUGGUUACAUCGGAUCAUGGUAAUGCUGAAAAAAUGUUCGAUGAUAAAGGUGGCCCACUAACAUCACAUACAACAAACAGGGUACCAUUUUGUAUGUCAAAUACAACAAUGAAAUUCAAAUCCACGGAUGUUGCCAAUCAUAAUCUAGCAUUAUGUGAUGUUGCACCGACCGUACUUGAUUUACUUGGCCUAUCAAUUCCAACCGAUGAUAUGACCGGUAAAUCAUUGUUAGCAGUUUAGAUUCGAAUGAAUUCAUGAACGAAAAUUGAUUUGCUUGUAUUCUAUUCUCUCUCACCAUAAUUAGAUGAUCCUAUAGAGUUAUUAUUAUUAAUUUUUCAAAACAAAAUAUU